UAUGUAUACGCAUAUAUAAAUCCGUGAGUUACGGUCUCCGUGUUUUAUUUGUUGUAUCAUUUAUACAAGAGAUUGUACAACUAAUUUUCGGAGAUCUCAAAGUUUUCGAAAUGAAUAAGAUUUUACUGUUUUUAUUAUCGUGUCAAUUGUUGCAGCAAAUGUGUGCACAAAUAAUUUUUGAGACUGCUCCAAAGGCAGCUCCAACAGUUGCUAUUGUGAAUAAUGGGCAAUGUUUGUGCUAUUCUGGAACUAGUUGUCCUUCGGGUGGCGGCAUUGACAUUAGGAUCGUAAAUACGGGAACAACUUGCCCCUCCGGACAAGUAUAUUGUUGCGCAGUGCCUAUAAACGAUGGUUGUGGUAUUCAAAAAAUACCAUCUACUCCACAUCCUCCAGGACAAGCUGCUUACGGCGCAUAUCCUUGGCAAGUGGCCAUUUUAACCAACGGUAAUGUUUACCUCGGAGGUGGAGUACUUGUUAGUCCAAUGUAUGUCCUUACCGCCGCUCAUAAAGUAGCGGGUUACGUAAACGGUGGGAUUAAAGCGAAAUUGGGCGUAUGGAAUACUCAAGCUACUAACGAGUCUACUGUAGACAUUUCCAUUUCAAAAGUUACUCUGCAUCCUCAAUAUAAUUCUCAGUUGCCAAAUAAUUUGCAAAAUCAGAACGAUAUAGCGGUGCUUAAGCUGAGCUCAGCCGCUCCAAUUGCAACUAGUCCUAACAUUAAUACAGCAUGCUUGACGUCUACACCGAUUGAACAAAAGAUUGGAACAAGAUGUUGGGUAACUGGCUGGGGAAAGAACGCUUUUGGACCUAACGGGAUGUAUCAAAAUAUUUUAAAAGAGGUAGAUGUACCUGUGUUGAGUCAUGAUGCUUGUCAAACGGCCCUUCGUAAGACGAGACUCAGCGAAUUCUUCGUUCUAGACAGCAAUUCCAUGUGCGCUGGAGGAGAAGCGGGCAAAGACGCAUGCACUGGCGAUGGAGGUUCACCGCUGGUAUGUUUAAAUAACGGACGUUUUGAAGUUAUUGGGCUGGUAAUAUGGGGUAUAGGCUGUGCAGCUGCAGGAGUACCUGGUGUAUACACUAAUGUAUAUAACUUUCGUUCUUGGAUCAUGCAACAAAUGACAUAGAUUGCAUAAAAAUGUAUAUUAUUAUAUAUUA